UUGUCAUGCAUGCGAAUUUUUCUCAGUUAUUUACUUCAUAAAUAUCACAUUUAAAGCCAUCCGUCGCUAAUUUCAUUCUUGACAUUAGCGCAGAACGUUUUCGAAGAGUCCAUAGAAAGAUUUAAUCAUGUCAAUGACAUUCGUACCCUCUCACAUGAGAGGAAAAACACCCCCAACACAGGCCUCUAUUCAAAAGAUGUUGGAUGAAAACAAUCAACUUAUUCAGACGAUAGUAGAUUACCAGAACAGAGGAAAAGCAACUGAGUGUGUCCAGUACCAACAAAUCCUCCAUAGAAAUCUUGUCUACUUGGCCACAAUUGCUGACAGUAAUCAGAAUGUUCAGCUCCAGGCUCUUAUACCAGCAGCUGGUCAGAACAACCAGAAUUCACAGCAGAGUGGUAUGAUGGGCCAACAGCGACCGCAGCAACCCAUGCCCAAUCAGAUGCAGCCAAAUCUGGGCAAAGGGCCGAUGGCCUCCAACUCACAACUUAUGAUGAGCCAAUCGAAUGGUUACACUCCAUCCACCUCUCAGCAUCAGCCGCCCAUGAUGUCUAAUUCAUAUAAUCAACAACAGCAACAACAAAUGAACAUGAUGUCGCCGCAACAAUCGGGGACGAUACCAUCGUCACAGCAACAAGGAAUGAUACCACAACAGCAAAAUAUGAUGUCAUCGCAACAGUCGGCAAUGCCGCAACAAAAUAUGAUGUCAUCGCAACAGCAAAUGGUGUCUGCGAACCAGCAGCCUGCUAUGUCGGGUCAGCAACCGCCAAAUAUGAUGUCACCUAGUCAGAACAGUGUGUCCCAGAAUCGUAAACAGUCAGCAUGGUCAGCGAUCGCUGAUCAGUUGUCAUCUGGGCCGGGUACAAACCAAAAAGGUGCAAUGCCAGCUAAUAACCAGAUGAUGAUGGGCACCCAGCAAGGCCCCUACAACACUCAGAACCAACCACCACAGGCACAGAUGGGUCAGCAGAACAACUACAAUCCUGCCAUGGGCCAGCAGCCGCCACAGCAAGGUGCGCCACCUAGCCAGCCGAUGAUGAAUCAAGCAGGUAUGAAGAUAAGCCGGUCCACCACGGACCAGUUGUCUUCAAAAAUCAACAGUAAGCUUAAUAAAACUCAAGGUUCGAUGCCAAUGAAUACCCCGGGACCAAUGCCUGGACACCCUAACUACGUCUCUUCAUCAUCACAACAGCCACCAAUGUCCGCCCAGAACAACUUCGGCGGCCCGAUGCCACAACAACAACCAAAUCUGAUGAGUCAGCAAGGUAGGAAGAUGAACUGGUCGGGCACUGUCGCCGAACAGUUAUCUUCUAAACUGAUUGCUAAACAAAACGCUCAGAAUAAAGGUCCAAUGAUGAGCAACCAGAGUAACUUGCAGGCCCCGUUCAACAACAUGAGUCAGCAGAACAAUGGCUUCCCCAAUCAACAACAGCCGAUGAUGUCACAGUCUCAGCCGAUGAUGUCACAGCAGUCGAAUAUGAACCCACAGAUGAUGUCACAGGGGAAUAAUGGGAGUAACCCGUUGAUGUCUCGUGGGCAGAUGCCGCCACCCUCCUCUUAUAGGAGGUCACCUUCAACAGGUCCCCAAUUCCAGGGCCAAGUCCCACAGAACUUCAAUAGCCAGAUGAACCAAACGAACUUUCCCCAGGGAAACUUUAACCAAGGAAACAUGCAAGGACAGUUGCAGUAUCAGAAUCAGCAAGGAUUUCAAUAUCGUGGCCAGAACCCCAUGCAAGCUCAAAUGUCGAGGCCAAUGGGUCAAGGUCAGGUGCCGAGUCAAAUGGGUCAAGGCCAAAUGAACCAAGGUCAGAUUGGCAACCCAAUGGCUUCGUCAAUGCCACAAGGACCGAAUAAUAACGGACAGGUACCAAUGGCUGGAUCACAAAUGCCCAAUCAGAUGGGUUCACGUCUGCCCAACAUGGCUCAGAACUCUGGCCAGAUGCUUCCUAAUAUGGUACCGACGUCUGCUGGUACGGACUCUAAUGUGCCUAAUUCAAUGCCACAGUCGUCAAUGGGCCAAAUGGCACAACCGCCCAUGAGCGGGCAAGGACAGAUGGUCUCGAGUAAUGUGGGAUCUCAGAUGUCCCAAGGACAGAUGCAGCAGCCGAACAUGCCUCAAGGCCAGAUGGGAGGUCAGAUGCCAAACCAAGGUCAAGCUUUUGGCUAUAUCCAAAAUCAGUUCUGAGGCUCAUGACAUUCAUCUUCUGAAUUUUCACAUCAGAAGUAAGGUUUUGCCCAAUAACAUACCAACCCUUCAUAUUGAUUAGUUUUCUACAAAUUUUGUCAAAAAAUGCCAAAAAUGUAUUGGUGGAAAAUGUUUUCAUGGUUGAAUUGGCUAAAACCUUGCUCUUGAAUGUAUUUGAUGUUUUUCUUGAAUCAAGGAAAUCAGUUUUGUACAUGUGGUGACUUUGUGGGAGCAGAACAAGCUCCACCGUUGAUUUCCUAACUGUAUAAGAGUUGGGAAAAGGUGAUUCCCUGCAGAGCGGAUUCGAUUGGCUAAAUAGAAAUCAUUGCAGUGCUAGAUGUUUACAAGCAGUUUCUUUUCACGGCUGAGAAGUUACAAUAGCUUUGGAAAGGUAUACUUGGAUAUUUUCUUUGUAAGAUAAUACUCUACACAUUCCCAUUGUGAUGAUAUUGGUGUGGAUUGGGAAUUCAAUUGGAAGGAAUGAGGUAAAUGAUAUCUAUGGCCAUUUGAUUUAUAAACAACAAAAUUAUGAGUCUUUAAAAGACAGCAGACAGUAAAAAAAUGCAUUUAUUUAUAAAAGCAGCCUUGAUGACAAAAAAUGCAUUUAAAUUUCAGCUUGUUUGUAGUUUUUCGAGACUUUUGUAUAUAAAUCUUCAUGUGUAGACUUGGCAGAUCUAGUGUCAACACUCCUGUGGUAGACUUGGCAGAUCUAGUGUCAACACUCCUGUGGUAGACUUGGCAGAUCGAGUGUCAACACUCCUGUGGUAGACUUGGCAGAUCUAGUGUCAACACUCCUGUGGUAGUUUCACCGAGGAUAGUCUUGGUUUAAUACCGGACCCGAGAUUGGUGCAGAUGUGGUUGCAUCUCGUCUCUUACCUCAAUUAAAACAGUCUUAAGGCCAUCUCAGAGGUGAAAGACUAUCCUCGGCCUGUUAAGAAUGUGUACAUUUCUAUACAAACUAUGUUUUCAUGUCUACACUUUCUCAAUUGUAAAUCCAUUUUAAAAUAAUGGCAGUUUUGGUAGUGAAUCCUGUACAGGUUUAGUGUACACAUAUCCUCAGUAGCAAAAGUAAUCUGUAGAACAUGUUGGCGGGGGGGGGGGGGUUAUCUGAAGUUUGCCACGUGCCCUUUCCAUGGUUGAGGUAUGUGAUAGAGAUUCCAAGUGUAGUUGAGGUGUACACCUGACCAGCACUAAAUGUACAGUGCUCAACACUAGGGAUAUACUGUGGGUACUCGUCAUGCCACAAGCCCCUUUGGUCUAUUAUUGGACUGUGGUUGAGCCAAGAAACGGUUGACUCCAACACCCAGUCACCAAAGCAUUCUUGUCACUAAGGAUAAUGUCGUUUGUCGUCAUGCCAGCCUACCUAUCGUGCCAGAAUGUUUCAUAAUCAUGUAAAGUGGUGUAAAAGAUCUGAAAUAAAACUGUAAAGUCUA